UUUGAUGCUGCCGUUCCUUUGUGGAUCUUGCCGCGGUGUGAAUCGGGGGAUCUUGAGGAAGAUAACGGAUCCUACGAGGCAAGAAAAGAAAAACCGCCGUUCCUCCUGUUCGAUGCGCACAUGUAUGCGUUGUGUUGCGGUUGUCCGACGAGCAGCGUUGACCAGAGGCCCUCCCGAACCGCCACUCCGUCGUCCUCUUGACUGCUGGAUGGAAGCUCAGUUAGCUAUCUGAGCUGACGGCGACGAUGAUGUGAUGGUGAUGAUGAUGUAUCUGAGGAUUUAUCCCGGUGCCUUUCACUGAGAUGGAGCCAGCGACGUUCAAGUGGAGCUGCUUACUAGCCAGCUAGGACCUGGAUAGCUAAAUGGAAAAGCGGUUAUAUCGCGCAGGAUUUUUUUUAAACACCAUCACCUCGGUCGGGAUCAGAUUUAACACAUUUAACAUGCCGACUAGAAAAAAUUGCUGAUUUUCUUUUAGGUUGGUUCAAUCAUAUAUCUGGCUGUAACUAUUAGUUUUAACCUCAGGCCGUCCUUGGAUGCUUCAGUGACAUUAAUUGGACGGCGUGAUUCAGGAUGGCACAGCUGUUGGACGGUGCCGGCAAACUGGGCUGGGUUCUCCUCAAGUCGGUGCUCCGUUUCACCUUUAUGUUCUUCAACAACUGUGUCGCCAUCCCGUCCUACUGCUUAUACCUGCUGCUGCUCCAGCCACUCAGAAUAUGGGACAGCUCCGCCUUCUGGCACAUCGAAGGGGUCAUGUUCAAGUGGCUGCUGGCUAUGGUGUCUUCAUGGGGCUGGAUGGCAGGUUAUACAGUCACGGAGUGGGGGGACGAUGUGAGGCCCAUCUCUGAAGAAGAAGCCAUGGUCAUCGUCAAUCAUCAGUCCACAGGAGAUGUUUGCACUCUCAUGAUGUGCCUCCAAGACAAGGGCACGGUGGUACGAAAAAUGAUGUGGUUAAUGGACCAUGUGUUCAAAUACACUAACUUUGGUGUAGUGUCUCUGAUUCAUGGGGACUUCUUCAUCAGACAGGGUAAAGCUCACAGAGAUAAGCAGCUGAUCUACUUGAAAGAGCAUCUAGAGAAAUACUACCACAGCCGUGACAGGAAGUGGAUAGUGCUCUUCCCCGAGGGCGGCUUCCUGAGGAAGAGGCGAGAAACUAGCCAGCUGUUUGCCAAGAAACACUCUCUCCCCCACCUGACCCACGUCACGUUGCCUCGUCUCGGGGCCUGCCACGUCAUCCUGAAGAGCCUGUCGGCCCAGCAGGAGAAUGGCAGCGUGGGCACCGACACUGGAACCAGAAACCAAACAGCUAAUAAAAGAAAAGGCCUGCAGUGGGUCAUAGAUGUGACCAUAGCAUACCCUAAAGCGAGACCAAUGGACAUCCAGACCUGGAUCUUUGGCUACAGGCCUCCUACAGUCACACAUGUACAUUACAG